CUUUAUGAGGUGACACACAGAUGCAGCGCAGCAGUUCGGCUCUUUGGAUAUAAACUGUAUUUUUAUCGAGAACUGUGGAGGAGACAUGGAGCGGCCAUCUUGUGUUGUGGAAGAUUUGAAGCAGUUCGUUGUCAAUGAAGCUCCACAAACUGCAUUUUACAUCCCAGAUUUUAUAUCAGAGGAAGAGGAGUCCUUCCUCCUGCAGCAGGUGUACAAGUCCCCCAAAAGCAAAUGGACCCAGCUGUCGGGCCGCCGGCUCCAGAACUGGGGCGGCCUGCCGCACCCCAAAGGCAUGCUGGCCGAGUCGCUUCCCGACUGGCUCCAGAGCUGCUGCGAGAAAGUCUCGUCUCUCGGAGUGUUCGGCGGGAAAACGGCCAACCACGUGUUGGUGAACGAGUACAAGCCGGGCGAAGGCAUCAUGGCCCACGAGGACGGCCCGCUGUACCACCCCACGGUCAGCACCAUCAGCCUGGGCUCGCACACCCUGCUGGACUUCUACCGGCCCGUCUGCAGCCAGGACGGCCCGCAGACCCAGCAGAGCCGCUACCUGCUGUCCCUCCUGCUGAGGCCGCGCAGCCUGCUGGUCCUGCAGGACGACAUGUACCGUCAGCUGCUGCACGGCAUCCAGAACCGGGACCGGGACCCGCUGACGGACCGGGUGGCCAACCUGUCCGCCGCCGGGGCGCGGCCCGGGGAGACGCUGAGCAGGGAAACCAGGGUGUCGCUCACCAUCAGACACGUUCCCAAAGUGAUCAGGACCAGGAUGGUUCUGGGGAGGAAAUGACCCGACCGGAUCAGAACCACAGCUGGAUGUGUCUGUGAUGCAUGAAGGCGAUAAAACAGACUCACGAUGAAUGCUUCGGUCUGAAUUUUUAUUACUACUGCAGGAACAACAUUCCUAUUUUUAAAUUAAUUAUUCAAAGAUUAAUAAAACUCAGUGAUGGGCAUCGCUAACUGAAGCGUUUGUUCCUCUAAGCUAAAGCGCUAAUCAUAAACACUAGUGACGCCAAAACAGCGACACCAUCCUGGUGCUGAGCAGAAACCAACACCAACCUGUUCUACCAACAUGGUGUUGGAUGGAAGCUAAUGCUAAAGGGCAAUGCUGACUCAGUAUUUAGCAGGAGCUAAAACUCAGUUUUAUAGCAGUUGAGUAUGGCUAACUGUGUUGCUGAUUUUGGCUAAUUAAAUGUGAUCAGAAAGUGGUGCAUUCAUGGUACAGGAUAAAUAUAAUUUCCUGCACUUGGUGCUUCAGAAUUUAUGCAGAAAACUGAUUUUGGGGAAGCUAAGUGCACUAAAUGUUUUCAAAGCAAGCAGAAAGCUAACAUGCUAACUGAAAAAGAACCCAGUGGAAGCGUGCUCAUCGCUGAUAACCAUGCUGAUAAAUUUAUGGGGCAAAUUAUUUGUAUCAUC